AUGCUCAGCAUGUCUUCUGGACUAGAAGCUCCCAUCCACCGGGGCGAAAAACUCAGCCUCCAGAAGCCCAUCCUGCGCCAUGUCGUCCUUCCCCCACGGGCACACGAUGCAAACUGUCCCCGCACUGCAGCUGCUGUUGCCGCCAGCUCCCCGCCUGCGUGGUCAAGGCACUUUUUUGCCGUGCCAGAUAGUCUUCUUGAAGAUAAUCAUUCCACCCCACAGACUCCGCGUGAGCGGCCCACGCGAACAUCCAUUCGUCCAGUGUAUACGGGCCGCACUCCUGUGCCGACAAGAAGCAGCCGCAAGCCUCAGAGCGGUCAGAGACGGCGCCGAGGCGUCCGUUCGGCUGCGGCCAUGAUAAUUCCCCCGCCAUCAAGUUAA